UUCUCUUUUGUCUCCUUCCGCCUGCCGUCCCUCUGUGCCAGGGGUCAAGAUGGCGGCCACCGCGGCGGGGAGUGUGGUCGAUGUCCAGGCUCGGUUUGGCCACUCGGUGAAGGGCCUGCUGACCGAGAAGGUGACCAGCUGCGGCACGGAUGUCAUCGCCCUCACCAAGCAAGUGCUGAAGGGCUCUCGCAGCGCCGAGUUCUUAGGACAAGCUGCCAGAAAUAUGGUGAUGCAAGAGGAUGCUAUCCUGCACUCGGAAGAUAGUUUAAGGAAAAUGGCGAUUAUAACAACUCAUCUACAAUAUCAGCAAGAAGCUAUUCAGAAAAAUGUUGAACAGUCUUCAAAUCUGAGAGAUCAACUGAGCCACCUUCUGAAGUGAAGGGAAAGCACUGGAUAGUAUUUAAGAUCAGCUAGAAACAAAACACAUCUUGAGGAGCAAAAUCCCCAUACCUUUGCCAGCUUCAGUAGCCACAUUUUUUGUAACUGCACUAAUCUAAGUUGAGCAAAUGGAAAGUCAACAUUGUUCUGUGCACAACUCAGGCAUGGAGUGGCAAUUACUUUUUUUUAACAACAGAUGUAUUUUUUGUAAAUGUAUAGGUAUUUUAUGUUUAGUUACAGACUUCAAUUCUCUGUGUUUAUGUUAUUUUCUCUUGAGAAAUCUAAGGCAUAGCAGGAUUCAUUUCCAUGAGUUUUUUUUUUACUUCUGCAGUUCAGAAAUCAUGCAUCUUGUUUAGUGCUUUGAAAGGGUAAAAGUUUUCCUCUUUUAGAUAAUACAAAAACCCAAAGGAAUAUGGAUGUAAAGUUCUUCCUUUACCCAAAAGAGCAAUAGAAAUCUCUUUGAAAUUGCUACAUGCUUCAAGGACCGGCACCACGUUGUGCCCAUUGGCCACAACUGUUUCUUUAAAUCCUGGAAACCUAUAUCAAGCUGUCAGCAAACAGCUUGUGGAUCAGUAUUGUGCUGUGAACCACUAUUUUGUAGCACUGAGGUAUAGGUUUAACCUUGGAACAUGUCAUGUCUAAACUACCUAUAAAACGGUUUACAGAAGGCAGAAGUGUGAGUAAAAAGUUGACCUGUACAAGACUUCCAGUAGAGCAUAUGAUUUUGUGUGGGUUGUAUAUCUACCUUUUCCCUGGACAACAGGAGUAGAAAGUGCUGAAUGGAAAUCAAGGCACUUUCUAUAUUUGCUUUCAAUGCCUAACUUCAUACUGUUUACAAAAAUUAUGCUUCUAAACAUGGCCAUACAGCCCGAAAAACAUAUAACGCCAAAUUAUGCCUACUUCAUUACAAGUAGUAGUAAUACUAAUACUUUAUUUAUAUUCCACCUUAUAUCCCCGAGGGGCCUCAGGACAGAUUCCAACAAACAAAAAAGGCAAACAUUCAAUGCUUUUGAUUUCUUAUUAUUUGGGAAAUUUUCCCACAACUGUAUGAAUGCUCGGUGUUAUGUACAUCUUAUUAAAUAUAAAAAUUAAUUUUAAAUAAACAUGCUUGGGAAGAUGCUGCUCUUUUGUCACUGUACUCAAUAUACAGUAUAUGCUGUGUGAUUGUUAGCAGUGCUGGAACAGCUCCAGUGUGUGCAUACAGUCAUUUUGGCAGAAAAAAAGGUUUAAAAUGUACUCCCUUAAAAGCUGUGCAUCUGUUGUCGGUUUUGACCUUGGGUUGCAUUCUUACACAUUCAUCUCUGCCCCGUGUCUUGAUUAAGCAGCCUUGGCUUCAUUAUGUAAUUCUCUGCAGAUCCAGGAAUCUGUAGAUAUACAGUUGGAGAAGUUUUGAAGAUAUCUCAUUUCUACAAGCUGUUCUGAGCCAAUUUAAAUCAGAAUUAUUUCUACUAACCGCGUUUAAUAUAUACCUGCAUUUCUUGGAAAUGACAUUUUCACUUUGUUCACAUGAGUUGAGGAGAGGUGUAUUUUUACUUGUUAAGAGAAGACACAACUGGAAAAUAAUAAAGUUUAAUAUGUUUUGCAUAAUAAAAAAUAUUUCUGGUUUUUCUGAGGGGGUCCAUUGCUUAUGUAAACUAUAGCAUUGAGAUCCUGUACUUAGCAGUGGUUGGACCUGAUAUACCACAAGGCCCCUUCCAUCUCAGUGAUUCCUUCUCUUGCAAAACAUAUAAAAAUAUGUUGUCGAAGGCUUUUAUGGCUGGAAUCACUGGGUUGCUGUGAGUUUUCUGGGCUGUGUGGCCAUGUUCCAGAAGCAUUCCAGAAUCAUACCUCACAACCUCUGAGGAUGCCCGCCAUAGAUGUGGAUGAAACAUCAGGAGAGAAUGCUUCUGGAACAUGGCCAUACAGCACAGAAAACUCACAGCAACCCAUAUAAAAAUAUUUAUGAGAAAAAUUAGCAGUGGACUGUGGCAUGCUCACCAUCUUAUUUCUUUAGCAGAGUUUUUGUUUCUAUUCCACACUAGUAAUGUUAUUGAAGAAUUCUAUCCUAUUGUUCCUCGGUGUUGUUAUUUGGCUCAGAUUUCAAGAAAAGCCUCCACUCUUCUCUCUUGGGCAAGAAAUACAAUGGACUAUUGAGAUGGGCAGUUGGCACAUUAAACACAUUACAACA